AUGGAUGCGUCUGUGACAGAUGAAGCUGGCCCUUCGCGCCGCCGCCGCCGCCGCGGGGAAAGCUCGUCUUCGCCUGAGGCAUCAACAGCAAACACACCAAACAGACCAUGGAUGACCGCAUUGUCCGACCUUCCAAUCUACUACUCCGUCGUAUACGAGAGAUUCCUCUGGAUCCCGGGAUUUGAACCUGAAAUGGAGUCUUCACGAUGCCUAGUCUCUCAGAAGUCAUCCGACUCCGGUCUUCAUAUCCAGCUACACCCGCUCGUUCUCCUCACGGUCUCUGAUCAAAUCACCCGACAUGCCGCCAGACAACAGCAAGGCCCGAUAGUUGGCGCCCUACUAGGCCAGCAGAAUGGCCGAGAGAUUACACUCGAGCAUGCAUUUGAAUGCCAGCUUACGUGUGGAAUGAACGAUGAAAUUGUUUUGGCGCGGGCAUGGUUCGAAGACCGCCUCAAACAGUUCAAGGAUGUGCACAAGGAUCCUGCGCUCGAUCUAGUCGGAUGGUGGUCAACCGCGCCAUCGACCGGGCCGAAUGAAGCUCAUCUCCCCCUCCACCAACAGAUUCUCCGGGACUACAACGAAUCGGCCGUCUUUCUCGCCUUCCAUCCCUCAGAAUUCCAAGAUUCUGGUUCACAUGGCGCCAAGCUUCCUCUGACGGUUUAUGAGAGUGUCCAAGAGGGCGAGACAUCCACCGAUGGAAGCAAGGAUAUGCAAGUUGACGGGGAGGAGGACUCGGUGCCGAACAUUCGAUUCCGGGAAUUGCCCUAUGCAAUGGAGACAGGAGAAGCAGAGAUGAUCGGUAUUGAUACAAUUGUCCUAUCUUCGGGCACUGCUUCUCUGAAUGCGACACAGGAGUCGGCCAAGCGCGCACAACAGAAACAACAGACCGAGGCAACCAAGCAGAGCUCGCAGGUUAUACUCUCACAAGAGGAGGAGGAGUUAAUCGCAAGCCUCAACACCCGCCUCAAUGCCGUUCGCACCCUCGAAUCGCGCGUCUCCCUCAUCAAGUCCUAUAUCUCUAGUUUCACAGAGGCAGACUUCAACACAGACAGCUCUAAGGAUGAUAAAUCUACCGUCAAGCUCUCACAUCCAAUCCUCCGUAACAUCAAUUCUCUCCUUUCGCACCUCUCUAUCCUCUCUCCAUCCGAACAAAGCACCUUCGCCGCCGAAGUACUCUCUCAAAACAACGAUGUCCUUCUGGUCUCGCUACUCGGCCAACUCGGCGAAAAUGUGAAGGCCAUGCGCGAGCUGGGCCGCAGAUCAGCAAUCGUCCAGUCUGGGCGUCAAGCGGCUAAAGGACGCAAGGACCCUACUUCUAUGAUCCAGAGGGGCUUCGGUGAUGAUUUCUUCCCCAAGGGACACGGAGGUCCUGGAAGUGGGAUGUAUUCGUGA